AUCACAGUUUGUCAGAAAUGGCCCAAAGAUAAAUUACUCAAAAUUAAAAAUUUACAAGUAAUACCUUAUAAUGUGGCUUUGUAAUCCGUUAUGACAUGAUACACUACAAAUUCUGGAUGUAAUUGAUAUGCCCGGCCCGAAUAUACGAACCGACGAGAAUGUCUUCGGUGAAGUGUCCGCGGAGCCAACACCUCCUGGGCAGAGUGAAGAAGUAAAGGACCGGAAGCUAACGGUCCUAGAAACACAUGGCUACAUCUUAGGGAGGACUAUAGGUUCGGGAUCAUACGCAACAGUAAAGGUAGCUUCCAGCGAAAGACACAACUGUCAAGUGGCGAUAAAAAUCAUUAGCAAAUUCCAAGCACCCGGAGACUAUCUGAAGAAGUUUCUGCCGAGAGAAAUAGAAGUCGUAAAGGGACUGAAGCACGAAAAUCUGAUACGUUUCCUACAAGCCAUCGAAACCACUCAUAGGGUAUACAUUGUAAUGGAGUAUGCUGAGAAUGGUAGCCUCCUGGACAUCAUUAGGAGGGACGAACACAUCGACGAGGACCGCGGUCGCAAGUGGUUCCGACAGCUUGUAGAGGCGGUCGAUUACUGCCAUGAAAGAGGCGUGGUUCAUCGUGACAUAAAAUGUGAGAACCUACUGAUGGAUUACGGCUUGAAUAUAAAGCUGUCUGAUUUUGGGUUCGCCAGAGGUCACAUGAAACCGAAAGACGGGGUUUAUGCGCUCAGCGAAACUUUCUGUGGGAGUUACGCGUACGCCUCUCCUGAGAUCUUGAAGGGAGUCCCCUACAAACCACAGGAGUCCGACGUUUGGAGCAUGGGAGUGGUCCUUUACGCCAUAGUUUACGGACGCUUACCGUUUGACGAUUCGAAUUUCGCGCAACUGUUGAGGCAAGUUCAAAAUAAGGUUUCCUUUCCACGCGAGCCAAAAGUAUCGGUGGAGUGUCGCAGGCUCAUCAGCAAAAUUUUGUCGCCACUAAAAAUUCGCGCUAAAAUACCGCAAAUUCUGGCAGACCCAUGGCUUAACCCGCAGCAAGCUAAAGACGGAGACGACGAAAUGAAACAGGAAACCAUGACAAAAGAAGAAACCAAAAACAUUGGCACCAUAACGUACGACAGGCCAUACGAAGUUAAAUGAAACAAAAAAAAAUGGAAUAAUAAAAUGUGAUACCCAUAAA